CCCCCUGUGGAAAGUAAAUGGUAGCCCGGAAGGGUCAAAAGAGUCCGCGAUUUCGCCGAGUGAAUUGCUUUCUGCGGUUGGGGAGAUCUAUUCUUCUAGAGCUCGAGCCAGCGGGGCGACCCUGCAGUGGCAGGACUCGGCACCGCGCCCUCCACCGUCGGUUGGUGGCCUGCGCGACCCUUUCCUCUCGUCGACAUCGGAAGGAAGCCAGACGUGGGCGGGCAGAGAGCUUCAUCCCAGUAGGAAUGGCAGCGCCAUCUAUGAAGGAAAGACAGGUCUGCUGGGGGGCCCGGGAUGAGUACUGGAAGUGUUUAGAUGAGAACUUAGAGGAUGCUUCUCAAUGCAAGAAGUUAAGAAGCUCUUUCGAAUCAAGUUGUCCCCAACAGUGGAUAAAAUAUUUCGAUAAAAGAAGAGACUACUUAAAAUUCAAAGAAAAAUUUGAAGCAGGACAAUUUGAGCCUUCAACUGCAAAAUCCUAGGCUAUUCAUAAAGAUUGAAAGUAUUCUUUCUGGACAUUAAAAAAAGCUCCACUGACUAUGGGACAGUAGUAGUUUAAAUGAUAGUGAAUAUCAAUUCUUGUUCCCUGUAUCCGACACUUGAUAAUUAAGAUGAUCAAGAACCAGAUCUGUGAAGAAUUGAAAUAAAAUGGUAUUUAGUAAGAAAUCUCUAUUUUAAGAAAAAAAGUAAAACCUGUUAUAAACACAUG